AUGCGCUCACGUGACAAUGGAUUCUCUACUCGAAUUGCCUUAUACUUGGCAUUUCAGAGGAUAUUCGUAAACCAGGAAGGGGAGGCUCCUCCUCCAGCUGACGCAGCCGCUCCUCCAGAGGCGGCAGCGCCACCAGCGGCAGACGCGGCAGCAGCCGCGGCACCUGCGCCUCCCGCCGAGGGUGCGCCUGCGCCAGCAGCAGCGCCACCUGCGGAUGGAACGGCACCUCCACCUCCCGCCGACGGAACCGCUCCUCCAGCUGAGGCUCCAGCGGACGGAACGGCACCAGCAUCUCCACCUGCGGAUGGAACCGCGCCUCCACCUCCAGCCGACGGAACGGCGCCUCCCCCUGCAGAUGGCGCCCCGCCUGCAGAUGGCGCAGUGCCGGCACCUCCAGCUGACGGAACAGCACCUGCGCCUCCAGCUGACGGAACGGCACCAGCACCAGCUGCCGACGGAACGACACCAGCUCCACCCCCAGCUGACGGUUCCGCGCCUGCACCAGCUGCCGAAGGUGGAGCAGCGGCACCGCCGGCAGAUGGCGCUGCACCAGCAGCGGCACCAGCGGAAGGCGCGCCUGCGGCGGUCCCAGCGGAAGGUAGGGGCAUAUUCCGGAGAAAUGUUCCCACGAUUUUCGUUUCGAAUCAUCGUUUCAAUUAA